GUGAUUGUUUGACGUAGCAUUAGCAAUUGGAAGUGUUUUGAAAGAUAAGACGACUUUAUUGUCUAAGGUUCACAUAAAUUUUCAUUGUAAAUGAUUUUGUAGUGAAGUAAUGGCUAACAUUUUUCUAAAGAAUUGAUAUUCAUUCAUUAGGCUUAGAGUCAAUUUAGUUUAGGUUACAUUCUAUAUUAUUUUAGCUUCUACUUGCAUCACUUUUCUCAAGACUAUUAGGUAUCUGCAUGGAACUGUUAAUGCACAAGAUUAAACAUGUCACGUAAACGGCCAAGAGAGGUAGACGGAGAGGAAAUCACAGAUCUGAACUCAUCUCAUCAUAACUUGGAACAUUCAAUGAAGGCAAAAGAUAAUGAUGCCACUCUUGUUAAGGAGUACAUAAAUAAUGAAACAAAUAAUGAAAGCAAAACUUCUAAAAAGGAACAUAAAAAUAAUGGUGAAUCCCCUGAGAAGUCACUGUCCAAGCCAGCUCCAUUCAGUGAUGAACCCGAGGCAGUGUUUGAGCGGGAAAGAUGCGACUACAGCCUCCGAAUACAUUACAAAACUGCUCAGUCCGGCAAAGCUCCCAGAAGGAUACGAGUGUAUGCCGACGGAAUCUACGACCUCUUCCAUCAAGGUCAUGCGAGACAACUCAUGCAAGCCAAGAAUGUUUUUCCCAACGUCUACCUCAUAGUUGGAGUGUGCAGUGAUGCGCUUACUCACUCCCGUAAAGGCCGCACUGUUAUGCAAGAGACUGAGCGAUACGAAGCUGUCAGACAUUGUAGAUACGUCGACGAGAUUGUGCGAGACGCCCCGUGGGAACUUAACGACGAGUUCCUAGAGAAACAUAAGAUAGACUUUGUAGCGCACGAUGAUGAUCCAUACCCAUCUGCCGAAGGAGGUGACAUCUAUGCGUUCCUCAAAAAGAAAGGGAUGUUCGUAGCGACAGAACGCACGGAAGGUGUGUCUACAAGUGACGUUGUUGCGAGGAUCGUGAAAGACUACGACAUCUACGUUCGUCGUAAUCUAGCGCGGGGCUACUCAGCAAAAGAACUAAACGUGUCCUUUUUGAAUGAGAAGAAAUUCCGGUUACAGAACAAAAUGGAGGAGUUAAAAGACAAGAGCAAACGUGUGAUAGAGAACAUUGGGGAGAAGCGAGUGGAUAUGAUUCAAAAGUGGGAGGAGAAAUCUCGCGACCUCAUAGACGCCUUUCUGUUGCUGUUUGGACGGGAGGGCCGCUUGACGCACAUCUGGAACGAAGGCAAAGGCAAGUUGAUGCAGGCAUUCUCACCGAACUCCAGUCCGGAGCGGGAUAGUCCAGGUUCCAGCGGCGACGAAGGCACGAGCUCCCCACCGCGCAAGUCACGCAGGUACGAGCUACCUAGCUCCACGACUACAAGGAUCUCACCUCGACUCAGCGACGACUACUCGGACGACGAGGAAAGUCAUAUGGCCUCCAAAUAAACGCGUCCCACAAAUUGUCUAAUAAAAUUCUCAUUAAAAUGUUUUUCCAAAUGUUAGUUAUUUGUAUCGGGAUUCUUGUAUAUUUAUUGUAGUGUUCGCAUAUUUAUUCAUCAUGUCAGCCGCGCGAAGCUUGGCGCAUAGUCGAGCACAGGUCGUAUCAGUAUUAUUAGUUCAGUUACUCAUUAGUCCUGUCGAGGACUCUUUACCAAAUGUUCGGGCCUACAUGAAUUUGAAUUUUGUUUAAAGAUUUACUGAAAUAUUUUAUGAGAAAUUUGUUUAACUCACAGAUUAUGUUUAUCCUCUGUGUUAAAAACACCUGUGUUUAAAAUCUAAUUUGUCAUUCAUUUGUCAUUGAAUUCACUUGUAUAUAUUUUUACAUUCAGACUAAAUGGUUUUUACAAUUGAUCGAGAGUAUAUUUUGUGUGUGAUUUUUACAAUUUAAGACAACUGAAAAGAUUUACAUGAUUUUGUAAGGGUAAUUGUUGAAAACAUGCUUAAAUAUUUGAUAAGUCGGAAACAUGUGUUUCAUGUAAAAAAACCAUAAAAACUGUGUUAAGACUACAUGUAAAUUUACUGAUGUUAUGCAUGUAACUUUUGUAAUAUACAAGGUUGAUAUUGCGAAUGUAUAUAAAUUUAUUUAUAGUAUACAAAUAUGGUUAUAAAAAACUUAAUUUUUGUCUCAAUAUUUUUUAAUUAUUUAAUUAUGUAUAGGAGAUAAAACUUCAGGAUAUUUAUAAUUGGCAAGGAACCCUUAGCCUAUGUUUUUGGGGUUUUAUUGAAUUUGUUUUAAUGGAAAUUAUUUAUUAACCUAAUUUUAAAAACUAGUCACCAUUUGAACCUCAAACUUAACUGUUUGCAUUUUACUUGUUAAUGUUUUGUUAAGUUUUAUCUUUUCAACCAAUUCUUUGAAUUGUUUUGUAUUAAUUUGUUAAUAAUUUUAAAAUCAAUUUCAGUAGAACGAUAGUUCCUAAAGUUAACUGAAUUGUUUACAUUCCCUCGAUCUUCUCCCUAUUUUGUUUGUUGAAAUACAUUUGUCUGAAUGAUUUUGAA